GUGAGCGGACUUUAGACCUUGGUACCUACCUUAUGGGAAGACAAAUACUGUCCCCUGGAUACAAUAUUCUAGAUUAAGAUCAAUAGAAGGGAAACUUCCAAGGAAUUUCGUUAGAUCUGACACGACCAUUUAUGAGUCACUCGCCGAUGCAAGAUUUUGAUUCAAGAUUGGAGAACAACGCGGAUGUAUGCCUUACUUGCCUAGGUAGGCACCUAGGUCCUGAUAUAAGUCUGGCCAUAGCCCGCGCUUGUCCGCAAGCCCGCUCUUGAAUAGUAUCUAGGGGGAGCGGAGUGAAUAUGAGUAUACCAGGAGCUUGGUGCCAUUUACUUAUCAAACCAAGCAGUCGGUCCCAAGAAUGGAUCGUAGAGCGCGAUUUGCUUGCAUCGCAUGCAGGCGAUUGAAACGCAAAUGCCCUAAAGAAUUACCGGCCUGCUCCUUAUGUGUUCGGCUGGACAAGCGAUGCGAGUACCCACCAAGAGCUCGAAGUGUUUACGAGGAUGUAAACCGCGGGUCACCAAGGAGCUCGCAAAGUGCGAGCGGGGAGGCUGAUUUGCCUGUAUUGGGUAGUUCCCGGACAGAACUUCCUUCAGACCCUGAUCAAGAUCACGGGACUGGACAUGGUUACUUGGACACCUUCCCAACCAUGUUCUUCCUAAACUCGGAGUUAUUCAGCAAGCCCCUAACUUCAGACUACAACCCACCCAUCAAUACCACUACACUCCUUUACAAUAUAUCUUCCGAUGGGGCUGAGCUGGUGAAUAGGUAUUUCUCAACCGUCCACCACUGGCUGCCCAUCCUAAGCAAGAAACGCGUCCAGCGGUACAUCGCCGAGUACGGGAAAGCUCCCAACAGCCCUUUGCAGCUUCUACUACGCUCCAUGAAGCUACUCGCCGAGCCUCUUCCGCUCGGAGUAUCCGCCCGAGCGAACAGAAGCUACAUAGCCGUGCUCGAGACUCUGUUCACCGUAGAAAACUCCUGUCUCCCGUGUCUUCAGCUCCUGCAAUCCGUCAUCUUGAUUUCUGUGUAUGAGAUCGGCCAUGGCAUAUACCCCGCUGCCUACCUUCGCGUCGGCCAUGCCGCGAGGCUCUGCGUUAUGAUGGGCUUCCACGACCGCAAGAGCGCGGCGCAGCUGUUCAGAGACACGCCCACGUGGACUGCGCGCGAGGAGGAGCGACGGGCUUGGUGGGCGGUCUUUUGUCUCGACAGAUUCACAAGCCAAGCCCUCGACAACACCCCCCUCGCAACCCCCGAGCCCACCCCCGGCGAGCUCCUCCCGAGCGACGAGCGCACCUGGGACGUCGGCGGCGUCGGCUCCAGCGAGCCGCUCUUCGCCGCCUCCUUCUCCGCGAACACGCGCCUCGGCUCCUUCGCACACGUCUGCCAAGCCGCCCACGCGCUCGGGCGCGUCCUGCGCCACCGCAACAGCAGUAGCGUCUCGCUUAGCGUUCGCGUCGAGGAGGCGACGCAGCUGGCCGGCAUCCUUGCUGCGCUCACUUCUCACCUCCGCGGUCUCUGGGCUUGCGGUGGGGCGACCCCUGCUGGUAAUAGUAGUAGUAGUAGUGGCGGUGGUGGUGGUGGUAAUAAGUCAGGUGUGUUGGUCGCGCUCGCCCUGUGCUACUCCGCCCGCCUCAUCCUGUACGGCGAGUACGCGUGUAAUGAGAGGUACUCGAGCGAGCUGGGCCGGUCGUCCGCGGAAGCGCGCGUGCAGCAGGAUUUCCUGGCGGGGAUCUUUGAGGUCGCGGGACAGGUUGGGGAGCUUGUGCGGCGGCUGCUGGACUCGGUUGAGCUGGACGGGGAUGGGUUGAGUCCGCUGCUGUGCCAUUGCUUGUUUGCGGUGGCGGAGGAGUGCGAGUGGUUUGUGCUUGAGCAGGAGGAUGCGAGCGCCGGUGUAUGGCUGAGGGAUGUGGUUGAGUUGUUGAGAGUGAUUGGGAGGCGAUGGGGGGUCGCUGGUGUCUACUUAUCGGAGAUCUAUAGGUGGCCCGGAUAUAAUAGCCUAAUUCUGUAGCAACCCAGUCGACGAGCGCAUCUAAGCGAAGCACAGUUUUCACGGAUGUUGAUAUUACAUAGGUACAUACCUAUUACGAGGGAAU